AUGGGCUGCGGCGCGACCACCCUGCGCACGCGUGGGGCGAGCUCGCCGGAUCACUCCGAUGAUGAGUUGAUCACCAGCUUGGUGGCCUUCGCCCAGUCCAGCGUCGCGCCGGCGGGACGACUGGUCAUCCCGGUCAGGGCAGGGCCGAGUGCCGCUGACGACCGCGCGCCGCCCAUGACAGUGACCAUUCGAGCUGGGCUCGAUGGCAACACAUUCCAGCUUCAAGUUGCUCAUGAUGCGGGAGUCAGAGAUCUGUCGCAAGAGAUCCAGGCUAAGCUCAUGAAACCCGGGCGAACUUUGGUCUUGACCUCGGGCAGUCAAGUGCUGGAUGAGUCUCAAGAUCUUCGACCACAGCUCUGUGAUGAGGAGGUGAGUUACGUGGCCAUGCAGAUUGGAGCAGGUGAGGCAGCCAGGAGUUUCAAGCGAGCUUUGGAGGAAGAUCGGGCAGAUGAUCCUCAAAACACACAGGGUCCGCCCUGGUUAGUGAGAGAUUUGGAUGCCCUCAAUGCCAUCGAAGCAUUGCACUUCAACUUCGAUUUCAACCAAGGAUUGAAGGGUGUUCGCUUGCCCAGCAACUUAAAGUCCUUGACCUUCGGCGAGAAAUACAACCGCAGCCUCUCGGGUGUCACUCUGCCAGAGAGCCUGGAAAGCUUGACCUUUGGCUGGAAUUUCGACCGACGGAUGACAGGGAUCAGACUCCCCACUGGCCUAAAGACCUUGGCUUUUGGCAAAAGCUUUAACCAGAACUUGGAUCGCUUCAAGCUGCCCAACAGCUUGGAGACUUUGAUCUUUAAUGGUGGUUUCAACCAGAGCCUGAAACUUGUGCCUUUGCCGGCCAGCCUUCAGAAUUUAACCUUCAGCUUUUCCUUCAACCAAAGCUUGCAGGAUGUCAAUCUGCCAGAAAGCUUGCAGACUUUAACCUUCGGCAACGAAUUUGACCAGAGCUUGAGAGGUGUUCAACUCCCAGACAGUUUGAAGAUCUUAACUUUUGGCGGACGCUUUGAUCAGAGCUUAGAAGGAGUCACCCUGCCCAGCAGCUUGCAGACUUUGAACUUUGGCGUGAAAUUUAACCAGAGUUUGGCAAGUGUCGUGCUGCCCAACAGCUUGCAGACUUUGAACUUUGGGGCUUAUUUCGACCAAAGCUUGGUCGGCGUCACCCUGCCCAGUGGCCUGCAGACUUUGACCUUUGGCUGGGAUUUCAACCAGAGCUUAGCAGAUGUGAUCUUCCCCACCAACCUGGAGAGUUUAACCUUCGGAGCGAUGUUCAACCAGAGCUUGGCAGGAAGAACUCAGCUACCAAGCAGCUUACAGAGCCUGGUUUUUGGGGACAAUUACAACCAGAGUUUGGCUGGUGUCACACUGCCAAGGAACCUCCGGACUUUGGGCUUUGGUGAGGUUUACAACCAGAGCUUGACGGACGUGAUCCUCCCGAGCAGUUUAGAGACCUUGAGUUUUGGCGAUUUCUUCAAUCAAAGCUUGGAAAAUGUUCCAAGUACUCUUCAGCAUUUGUGUUUGGGGCGCAUAGUCGCCAGAUUGCCAGCUUCGCUGCCUCCAAAGCUUGAGACUUUGACUUUGCUACAUGGUUUCAAUGAGAGCUUAGAAGAUGUGGUUUGGCCAAGCGACUUGAAGAUGUUGUUUUUCGGCCAACGCUUUGACCAACGUUUGGAGCGAGUCAUCCUACCCGGCAGCUUGCAGGUUUUGGAGUUCGGUGGGAAUUUCAACCAGAGUUUGGUGGAUGUGGAGCUGCCGAGCUCACUGAAAGCAUUGAUUUUUGGAACUUCUUUUAAUCAAAGCUUGGAAGGUGUCGUGCUGCCAGUCGAGCUUGAGGAAUUGCUCUUUGAUGAUUUCUUUGAUCAGAGCUUGGAGGGUGUCAUGCUACCAAGCAGCUUACAAACUCUCUCCUUCGGCAGCAGGUUCAACCAGAGUUUGCAAGGUGUAGAGUUGCCGCAGAAUCUCCGCAGUUUGACCUUGGGCGAUUCCUUCAACCAACCCUUGGCAGACGCGAUGCUCCCCGAGAGCCUUGAAACUUUGAUCUUUGGCGAAUCCUUUAAUCAGAGCUUGGCAGAUGUUACGCUACCCAGCAACCUGAAGACCCUGAAAUUUGGCUUGAACUUCAAUCAGACUUUGAGAGCUGUCACGCUGCCCAGUCGCCUGGAGACCCUGAUCUUGGGCGAGUCCUUUGAGACAUUCGAAGGCCACUUUCCCAGCAGCUUGCGGGAAAUUGCCAUUGGCCAAGUGCUGCUUCGUUCCUACGAACCGCUGUGA